AUGUCCAAGCAACUUCGCGAGUAUCCAAAAGUCACGUCCUUCGAUCUACGCAAUAGGCUGCACCGUCCCAAGCGAGUCAAAAUGCUUGCACGAGACUUUAUUGAAGAUAGCUUGUACAAUCCCAACUAUGGAUAUUUCUCCAAGCAUGCAACAAUCUUCAAUCCAGGAGAACCUUUCGAUUUUCCCACCAUCAAGGAUGACGCAGAGUUCAACCGACGAGUAAGCCUCAGCUAUGCUGAAUAUGAAGAUAAACUUGACGAGGAAGAUCCUGAUGAGACACGGCAAUUGUGGCACACGCCAACAGAACUGUUUAGACCCUAUUAUGGCGAGGCUAUAGCUCGCUAUCUUAUUACCAACUACCGAUUGACUUUAUUCCCCUACCACGACUUGAUCAUAUACGAGAUGGGUGCUGGCAAUGGGACCUUGAUGCAGAAUGUUCUUGAUUACAUACGUGAUACUGAUCCGGAAGUGUAUCAAAGGACGAGGUUCAGGAUCAUUGAGAUUUCAUCUUCCUUAGCAAAGUUGCAAUUGAGAAACCUACGGAAGUCGCCGACCUCCUCAGAACACCUAGACCAUGUCGAGAUCAUCAACAAAUCCAUUUUUGAUUGGAGCGACUAUAUCCAUUCUCCCUGUUUCUUCCUUGCUCUGGAGGUCUUUGACAACUUUGCGCAUGAUAGCUUACGCUACAAUCCGAUAUCAGAGGAACCGCUGCAGGGCAAUGUUUUGAUUGAUGAGGAGGGAGAAUUCUUUGAGUAUUAUGAAAAGAUGCUCGAUCCUGUAGCUGCUCGAUAUUUGCGCAUCCGGGAAGCUGCCUCAAGAUCCCGUUUCACGACCCCCGUAUCUGAUUCACGACUCCUCCGACGCCUCAAACUCGCCCUUCCUUUCGCACCUAAUCUGACUCGACCCGAAUGGAUACCGACAAGAAUGAUGCAGUUCUUUGACAUACUACGCGACUAUUUUCCCGCUCAUCGACUCAUUGUAGCGGACUUUGAUAUUUUGGAAAAGACCACACCAGGCAUAAAUGCCCCUGUUGUUCAGACAAGAUACCAAAGACGGAAUGUUCCUGUCACCACUCCCUACGUGCAUCAAGGCUAUUUUGAUAUUUUCUUCCCUACAGAUUUCCGCAUGAUGGAAGAUAUCUACAGAGCUAUUACCGGGAAGCUUACGAGGGUACUUAGCCACAAGGACUUUCUUGAGAGAUGGGCUCAUGUGGAAGACACGCAGACCAAGAGUGGAGAGAAUCCUAUGCUAAGUUGGUAUAAAAAUGCUCGUGUGAUGACCACGGUUUAA